UGUCGACAGCUGGCAACUCGCAAAUGAACAAAAACCAGUUUACGUUUUAGUUUAGUGGAGAUAACGUUGCGGAGAGCUUGUGCCGUUGAAGGUUAUCGAAAAACAAUCAAUUAUUAUUGUUGAUACGCGAUAUUUGCUCUUAUAUAGUCACUAUUUCACUUGUACAUGAAUAAUAAUAAAGAUAUUAGGUUAGUUUCGAUCUCAAACUGUGUAGAUAUCGAAGAUUUCUUGUGAAUUUCUACAUUUUAUCCGAAUGUGUAAUCUCUUUUCGACUUAACGUUGGACGGGUGGUUGAAAAUGUGAGUUAAAAUAUUGUUCUGGUGAACAUUUUCGGUUCAGAACCUUUAUUUUGGAGGAACUUGUGUUAAAAUGAGGUGGUUAACGUUACUGUUUCUGUUGCCGGCUUGUUUCGGACAUCUGAAUGUUUAUUUGAGCAGCGCCGAAGUGUGGCGGUUAUUGGGUCUAACAGCAGAACUGUUCUACGUGCGAGACGGUCAGGUCAACUUCUAUGCCCUGAACUUCGUGGUGCCCGUGCCCGCGACGAUAGGGGAGCUUCACUUCACUUGGCAGAGCCUUACGAGGAGACCUUUACCCUACACAUUGCACGUGGACGUGGUAUCACAAAAAGGGGCAUUACACACACCGACAUUCAAUAUAUCGAGCGAGGGCUUCGUGCCUACCGAGCCGCAAACAUGGCGAGUGGAUUUGCCUUGUACGCGCACAGUUGCGGAGGAAGUCGGCGUCACCAUUACCCUUAACGUGUCGACCGGUUCCUCGUCUACCCUUUUAAAUUUCCGCCGAAGAAAAAUUUGCCUUGUAGAGGCACCUCGACCAGCUGUCAGAGUGGAUAAUGUUCCCCAUUCGGCAACUUCAGCGGAUAUUUUCUACGCCGGGGCUGGAUGCGCUGGCGGAGCGCUGUUGAUAGCAGCCGUCGCUGCAGUCGCAUGCAGAGCACGAGCGAGAAAACUCCGCAGAACACGAAGCGACGAACAAGAUGCCCAUGCAUUCCUACCCGAUUCCUCGUGUAAAUCUGCCGCAAGUUACACAAGCUACCGCCGACCCAACUCCGUACCAGCCGCAGCGGCUGAAGAAAGAGCUAGAGAUCUGCAACAGAGGAUAGCGGAGUUAACAAUACAGAGAUGUAGAGUACGCCUACGAUCAGUUGCAAUGGAAGGGACUUUCGGUAGAGUUUACAGAGGAACGUAUGCAGAUGAGGACGGUAGGGAACAAGAAGUUUUGGUGAAGACUGUUGCGGAACACGCGUCUCAAGUGCAGGUAUCGCUUCUCCUUCAAGAAGGCUGUAUGCUUUACGGACUUCACCACGAGCGCGUCUUAUCCGUACUCGGUGUUAGCAUCGAAGAUCAGACAGCCCCAUUCAUUCUCUACCCGUGGAGUGCUACUUGGAGAAACCUGAAACAGUUCCUCCUGGCUUGUCGAGGAGUGAACUUGGGAGUAGCUGCCGGUGGUCCGCCGCCGCCGCCGCUGACCACCCAGCAUGUAGUGCGAAUGGCAUUACACGCCUUAGAUGGCUUGGCGUAUUUACACUCUCAGCACGUACUGCAUAAGGAUAUCGCUGCGAGAAAUUGCAUAGUGGACGAAAACCUUCGAGUGAUGAUCGCCGACAACGCGCUAUCCCGAGAUCUCUUCCCUGGGGAUUACCAUUGUCUAGGCGACAACGAGAACAGGCCAAUCAAGUGGUUGGCCUUAGAAGCGCUGUCUAAGAAGCAGUUCAGUCCAUCGGCUGAUGUGUGGGCGUUGGGCGUACUGCUGUGGGAGCUGACGACGUUGGCUCAUCAGCCGUACGCUGAGGUGGACCCGUUCGAGAUCGGCGCGUAUUUGAGGGACGGAUACAGGUUGCAGCAGCCGGCGAACUGUCCUGAUGAAUUGUUCGCAGUAAUGGCGUACUGUUGGGCAAUGUCGCCCGACGACCGGCCGACGUUGCCCCAACUCCAGAUCUUCCUACGAGACUUCCACACGCAACUAACGCGGUUCGUCUAAGACAUUCCUAUAAAAGACAAUCCAAAGACGACAAUAAAACAUAGUUAAUUAGUGAAAUAGUGAAACAACGUGAACUCCAGUGAACGUUACAGAGGCCUUAUGACGUGCACAAAGUUACCUUAAAAAUGCUACAGGUUGAUGACAAGUUGGGGCCAACGUUUGUCCAAACUUUGAGAAUGUUUUGACAAACCUGAAAUUCACUUCUGCUAUUGGUACUAUAGGUAUAUCGCUUGACUGAGACGGCUCGUGGGGUAGGGUUGGUUUCUAAUGAUUUCUAAAUUUCCUCUGGUAUGGUUUGGCCGUGGCUAGUUACCACCCUAUCGGCAAUACCUUGCCGCCAAGUGAUUUUGUACGUUCUGGUACGAUGUCGUGUAGAAACCAAAGGGAUAUG